UAUUUGAUCGCACCCCUCACUAUUUCACUGCGAAUGUAUGAAAAUCUAUUUCUCUGAUCAACACUUCAUACCAGCUGGUGGCAGUAAUGCACAAAAUGGUUGCUUGCAAACGCCAAUAAAAUCCAAAAGAAAUAGAAGAAGCCCACUUGUGGCGGGCUGAUUCAAGGUAUACGCAAAAUGGAGUUAAUCUCUGCUCUGAAGUUUCUUAAACUACAUCAAGUACCAGAAGCCUGGGUUGAUGAAGUUUGGAAUUCAGAAUUCACAGAAAGGAAACCACUCGAUAACACCAUAGAAGAACAACUUGCAGCCAGUGGAGAUGAGGCCUUCCGAGACCUCUAUGAAUGUUUACUGACCUAUACCGGCGACCGGCAGUCUGUCAGCAGAGUUGUUGCUUCACAGAAUAUCUGGGUGAUUCUGGUGGAGAACAGGGUGUCAGUCAAAUCUCUGGUGGCUGUGCUUUCCUUCUUUGUCCUGACAGGAAAAGACAAAGUGGCCGAUACCCAGCAGAGAGUCAGCAGCCUGCAUGCUGCUUCACUCUACCUGCUGCUGCUGGGAAUCCCAGGGAGCAUCGCCAACAAAGUUUUCCAUGAGGUUUUAUUGGACACAUGUUCUGACUUGAGCUCUCACUGCUGGCCUCACGACUCUGGAAAAAAGCGCAAGAGGGAUGGCCUUAAGACUUCUCAGACAGAGGGCAAACGGUCCAAACCGCAGCAAAAAGGCACUCCAGAUAUUGAGGUGGAUGAGGAAGAGGAGCUUUAUUUCUCUGGUGUCGACUUGUUGAAGAUCAGAGAUGCUGUAUUUCUCCUCGUUCAAACCAUCAUCAGACUUCUGCAGACAUUUCCACUCAAAGACAGACCACAGAGUGCCAUCAACUGCACCCAGAUCUUCAGUAAGCUGCUUUACUUUGAGCCAGUCCUUGGACACUUAAACUUUGCUGCCGUACAAGAUAUCACCAAGCUGAGGAGUGUUCCUGAGAUGGCUUUCUAUGGCCUGCAGCUGCUCUGCUCACCAAAACAUGGAAACCAGAGAGAAUCCUUGCAAAGGGUUUUCCACUGCCUUCUCUACGUCAUUCUGAUGAUGAAUAAAGGCAACAGGGGCAAACCCUCCCUCCUCAUACUCAGCCAGGCCAUCCUCUCCACCCGCGACCAGGCCAUACAUUUUGUUUGUCAUCUUGUGGAUGAGCUAAAGCAGCUGGCAUUGCCUUUCCUGCAUAUCCUAUUGCAGCAUAUCUGCUUCCAGAUGGUGGAAAAGAGUGAGUUUCGAAUCCAUGGAGCCCAGGCUGUGGGUAUGCUUACAUCUGAGAUGACCAGCACAGACUAUGCCGGUUUCAUCAAGUGGCUAUUCAACCUUUCCAGACACUCAAAGAUGGUGUGCCGACUCUUCUCUAUGGAUGUGGUAAUGGUACUGCUGGAGCAGCCCGAGAGGAGGCCAGGAGAGUGUAAGGACCCGGACCUUGCCUGUUUUCUGCCACACAAAUUUCUGAUCCAGAGCAUGCUGUUCGCACAGCAGAUGGACGAAUCGCCCACUGUCCAAGGUCAUGCCCUUUCCUGUCUGGCCCAGUGUCUGGAGCUGCCUUCACUCAAUGUCACCAGGGCCGUCCACAACCUCUUCUCUGCCACUGGAACCCAGACAUUGUUGGAUGGUGAAACCACAGAAGGUAUUGUAACUUCCCAGCAGACUCAGAAAACCUACCAUAGUCUGCCAUUCAGGACUUUGGACAUCAGCAGCACUCAAAGCUUUGGAUGUGAUGCAAGAGAGAACACGACUCUUCUCCUGCAGCGUUUGAAAGACUCUAAGACUAACGUGAGGAAAUCAGCACUGCAGGCCCUGGUGAGUCUCCUGAAACAUGCUGUGAUCCCCAUGAGCUGGGAGAACUUGGCUAUGUUGUCAGAGCGUUGCAGAGACCCGGCUGUGUCUGUGAGGAAGAAGGCCCUGCAAUGUAUGGGAGACUUACUUGUGGCUAAACCAGAAUGCAGUAUGGUGCAAAAAGCAUGGCUGCAAGGAGUGAUGCCAGCUUUGGCAGACUCUGAGAACUCCGUGCAGGACAAGGCGCUGGAGGCUCUGGAUCAGCUCGUGCUCAGUCAGGUCAAGCCAUACUCUACCAGCUGCCACCUGGAUAUCAGUAAGAAGCUGACCUGGGACCUCCUGUGCUUGCUCUGUCACAAGUGCCAGAAUCUCAGUCCCUAUUUUAGCAGGGCUUUCACCAUCUGGUCCAAACAGGACAAGUUCACGUCUACAUUCAUCACCAACCUCAUCUCACACACUAAGGCAGAUCAUGCCGAAGGGGCCUGGCUAUUUCUCUCCAAGGCUGUUGUUUCGUCUCCCAGACUGCCUUGUGGAAAGAUCCUGGAAGCCUGGGACAACAUGGUCAGUUCAAAGGAUGCAAAUGUGACAACCUGCUGUCACAUCCUUUCUGUGAUAGGAAAUAUUGCUGCAUAUUUGAAUGAUGAUACCAAGGACAGGAUAGUUGAGGAUUUGAUGUCUUGGUUGAAGACUUUCAACUUGGCUUUAGAGGUAAUCAGUGCUGCUGUGGAGACUCUUUAUCACCUCAGCCGUAGUGAUGACAUCAAACAGACUCAGGCAUUUCUGAAUCGGCAUGGCAGUGAGCUGGUGUCACUCUGUGAGGGUUAUUUAACAUCCGUCAUCAUGAAUGAAAAGGGAGCUCAGAACCUCAACGAGGAGCUGAUGGUUAAACAUCUCCACACGCUUGGUGUGGUGUCACUCCACUGCCCUGCUGAAGUUGGCAAAAGGACAGUGCUGCUGGUCGAGUCUCUCCUCACAGUACAUUCUGACAAACUGGCAGAGUGCCCGGAGGAACUGCCAGCCUUGCUGUCUCUGUCCCAAUUCAAAGAAAACUCUCUACCUUGUAGAGUCAAAGCCCAUGCAGUCAUCACUUUAGGUAAGCUGUGUCUCCAGCACGAGGAACUAGUCCAAAAGUACCUGCCAGUGUUUGCCAGGGAGCUGGAGGUUGGCACAGAGGUUGCUGUGCGCAACAACCUGGUGGUGAUAAUGUGUGAUCUGUGUGUUCGAUACACUACCAUCGUGGAUCAUUACAUCCCCAACAUAUCUGCCUGUCUGAGAGACAAUGAAGCUGUCAUCAGGGAGCAGACUCUUAUAAUGCUGACCAACCUGCUCCAGGAGGACUUUGUGAAAUGGAAGGGCUCCCUCUUCUUUCGUUUCAUGGUGGUGCUGGUCGACCCAGUCCCUGUCAUUGCCAGUCUCUGUGAAUACUGCCUGCUCCACCUGCUGUUGAAGAAGAACCCGGAAAUGUUCAGCCAGCACUUCAUUGAGUGUAUUUUCUUCUUCAACUCCUACACCAAACACAAGUCUUACAACUUGUUCCCUCAAAGUGAAAGUGAAAAGCUCCAGUUCUCCUUGAAAGGGGUUCAGUAUCGUGAGAAGCGUUUUCAGAUCUACCGCUUCCUGUUGGAGCACUUCACAGAUGCCCAGCGCUUUCAAAUCACCAACAAGAUCAGCCAGACUGUCUUAGCAUGCUUUGUGGACGAAGAGCUACCUCUGGAUGCAGAUGGUGCUGUAAUGUUAUCCGAGACAUUCAACAUUUUGAGCCUGAAGGAGAUGAAGCUGCAGGCUAUAUCUGCUCCACCAGGUAUCAUGGCAGGGGGGGAAACAGAGGAAGAGAACAUGGCCACGAUGGCUAAGGCAGCUCUACAGGCCGCUCAGAAGAAGGUGGUGUCCCAGGUACAGAAGAAGGCCUUCAUAGAGAACACAGUUCCUCUCAUCAUUAGCCUGAAGAUUCUCCUGGAGCAGAAACGCUCUCCUGCCCUCAGAGACCUCAUGACCUACUUGCAGGUGACUAUGCAGGACUACCGUAAUGAGGUGAGAGAGUUUUUCUCUGGUGACGAACAGCUGAUGGCUGAGGUGGAGUUUGCUCUGAGGACAGCUGAGAAGGAGAGAGAAAUGGAGCAACAGAUGGACACCUGCACCCUGACAGGAGAUGGUAAAACUCCCACUGCACAGGUUUCUGUUCAGGACUAUCCAAUCAGGUGCAGGCCCCUUCUCCCAGUUAGCUUUGCCACCCCACAACCACCACCUCCCAAUUAUCUGUCUCUGAGACUGUCACAAACUGUCAGAUGUACCAACAGAUCCAGGAAGGAGGAGCAUGUCAAGUUGAUCACUCUGGAAGGAACAGUGAUUCCUCAAGGAGGUGUAAAUGACAGAGCCAUCAGCACACCCAAAGGUGGCAGUGUCAAUUUAACUUUUGAUGAAGGAGUCAGCGCAAUCUUCAGUGACCAAGGAACAAUAGUGGCAAGGUUUACAAACAACACCAAUAGGAUUGUGAAGACAGCUAGCAGGAUCAAUGGUGCCCGUCUAUCCAUUCUGAUGAGAUCUACCAGCAGUCAGGAACCCUCACCACCUUUCUUAUGGCCUGUUCGGUCUGGUCAGGGAGGCCGAUGUCCUUCAUGUGCAACCAAAUGAGCAACAAGCUUCUCGACUCAGGCAGUGGAACGUGCAAUCACCUCUCUGCAAGAAGAAAAUAAAAAAGAUUUAAAGUUUAGCCAAGUAAGCUGAUAUGCAACUUCAUGUUCUACUCUUGGAAGAUGUUAUAUCUUUAUUUUCAUUAGCAUGAUGUUGAUUGACAUUUGUCAUGUUUAUCUUGUGAAUGUGUUUGUGUUACUGUUAGCUUUUAAUGUUUUUUGCAAUAAAUGUUUGCUUGACAUCAUUUUUGGACAGAUUCAAUACUAAAUGUUGUUGAUACACAAUCUGCCAGUAUGGAUGAAUAAUAUACUUCCGAGAACUGUAGCGGGAAAAUUAGAAUUUCUACUGUAAGGUCCUUUUUUUUGUUCUGCAUUUUAAGUCUUAUUGUGAAAUUAUUAGUUCAAUUAAACCUACAUUUUGUUUAAUUCUCGAAUUUUGUAUACAACACAAUUAAACUGUGACAACAAAUUGUA